AUGUUUUCUUGCCUAGUUAAUAUUCCUGCUAAUGCCACGUGGGCACAGGACGGAGUGACUAUUGCUGGAGGCCACGGACAAGGGAAUGUCACUAAUCAACUCUUCUACCCUCUUGGUCUCUUCGUUGAUGAUGAUCAAACAGUUAUUAUUGCUGACUACAAUAAUCAUCGUAUCAUGCAAUGGAAGAAAGGUGAUACAACGAAUGGGCAAGUUGUUGCUGGUGGCAACGGCAAAGGAAAAGGAUUACAUCAAUUCAAUGGUCCAACUGAUGUAUUAAUUGACAAAGAGACGAAUACUCUCAUUAUUUGUGAUCGAGGGAAUCAACGAGUUGUACGAUGGUCUCGUCGUAGUGGUACAACACAAGGUGAAAUACUCAUCGAUGACAUCUGGUGUUGGGAAUUAGCAAUGGAUGAACAUAGAUAUCUCUACGUCUCUGACGUCGAAAAACAUGAAGUAAGACGAUACCAAUUGGGUGAGAACAAUGGCAUUCUCGUAGCUGGUGGAAAUGGACAAGGGGAUGAACUCAAUCAACUCAACGAACCGAGAUGUCUCUUUGUCGAUCGACAACAGAAUGUCUACGUAUCAGACCUCUACAAUCAUCGUGUAGUGAAUUGGAGUAAAGGUGCAAAAGAAGGUGUUGUGGUCGCUGGAGGACAAGGCGGAGGAAGUGCUCUGACACAAUUGUCUCAUCCUGGAGGAAUCUUCGUUGAUACGUUGGGUACACUCUAUGUAGCAGACUCGAAUAAUAAUCGUGUAAUGCGUUGGACUCAAGGAGCAAAACAAGGCACUGUGAUUGUGGGUGGAAAUCGUUAUGGAGCAGGAGCAAAUCAGUUCAACUCCCCCGUCGCUUUGUCUUUCGAUCGAUAUGGUAAUCUCUAUGUCGCCGAUCAUUAUAAUCAUCGUGUUCAACGAUUUUCUAUCGAAUAA